AUGCCCUGGCGUAAGAGGAGAUGUCAAUACUGCCAAGAGAUUUAUUGGAGCGACAGACUGCUUCGCGAACACUUGCAGAAAUACGUUGGCGAGUGGCGUCUUCCGGCCGACGGCAUCCAUGACUUCUCGGAGAUCACUCAGAUCUUGCGUCAGCCUCGUCAAAUGAGCUACGAGGCUGCUGAUUAUCUGAUAUACAAAUGCUGGACCUGUGCCAAGGUCAUCAAAUCUCGCCGCCGGUUCAUCGAGCAUGUUGCUCAUCAGCGCCACUGUGGCUUCACGUACAAAUUCAAAGGAGCGACCUACCGCCCGCGGCGUCCAUGGCCCUUCAAAUUCAGCGAGGAGAGUGUGCUUAUUCGCAAGAAGACAUUUCCAUUUCUCCGUCUUCCUGUAGAACUGCGAUUGAUGGUCUACGAACAUCUGCUUUGUUUCAAGGAAAUUGCUAUUGAGCAUUAUCGGCAUCAUGAUAACUACCCUGCUUUCUGGGAACGAGACGCCCCGCUACAACAUAAUCCCUGCAAGAAUGCCCUGGCAAUCAUGGCCGUGAAUCGCCAGAUGCAUGACGAAGCACGGCCAAUAUUCUAUCGUUUAAACACCUUCACCUUCAGCUAUUUCGAUGCUCUCCCCAUCUUCCUAAUUGGCGUCGGAGAGAAGAAUGUCAAGCUUCUACAAAGGGUGCGCUGCAGGAAAGUCGACACGGGCAAGGAGUACGUAGACAUCACGAAAUCAUGCCUGAAAGAAAUCUUCAUGAUGGGACGAACGCCGCCCAGAGCAGAGCUCGCACUUCAGAGUGUCGCAUACCCGUCAAUGUCACGUGGAUGUUACGACCAACAACCGGUGACUUGGUGCGCGACGGGCAACUAUCGUCUGGUCCCGGCAAAUUUCUUGAAGCUGCGUGAUUGUCCGCCACGAAGACGCUUCAGUCUCGAAGUUUCCCUACGGCCAAAUGUAAUCGGCCGACGCACUCCGCCUCGACAAAUUACGGCUACAUACGAACUAUGCCUUCAGAAAAAUCAAGAUGGCGCUUAA